UUUGUCCAUAACAAGAGAUAACAAAAGAAACAGCACGACUACGAUUGUGCCUUGUUUUCAUACCCGCCAGGGCUAAAUUUGGAGUUGAACAGGAAAGGUUUAAUUCGCGGAAGACUUUCGGGAGCAGUCUACCUACAGAUGAAGUUCAUCGAGGUGAUGGUGGCUACGUUUAAACGAAAAUUAAAUUAAACUAUUAUGUAAUUCAUUUCUAAGUGGUGCUUGCUAAAAAUGAUAGUUAGGAAAUGUAUCAACAAACUCUGUAUACCCCACUCUGUAUAUGUGAAUGUUACCUCUCUAGGAGAAGACUCAACUUUUCAUCUCGGUGGCCAAAAUUUGGCUCGGCUUAAUGGCCGAGCCACUGUGGCCAUGGAAUCGUUUUGCGGCCCUGUAGUGCCAUCUAGCGUUCGUCACCCCGUUUCCUCCUCACCCCAGCUGUUGAUACGGAUGACGAACCAACGAAUUGACAGCGCGCGCGAUUCGGCGCUGGUAACGAUAGCCAUCGACGCCAGCAACAGCUCCUUUACCGGCCGAUUGAGGGGCCAACCGACAGGGUGUUGAAUACCGCUCCUGAGUCGCUAUCUUAGAGUAGUGCGUUCACAAUGAGCACCGCAACCACCGGAGUUCCGAAAGUGCAUGCGGUUUAAGUCCUCAACGGCAAAAGAAGCCCCUAGCAGUCCUAGUGAAACUGCUCGACUAGAUGGGAUCCGACUAGGAGCCAUGGCUAAAUGAAGCUAAAUAGUUAUACCUACAUACGUGCGGAUAUAGACAAACAGGGAAUGGAUUCUUUUCAUAUUUUCUCGAGACAUGCUGCAAAUAUCGCAACGGGAACCACUAUGCAGCAAACAUAGUGUACAAGUGGAACCGAUGGCCUAUGAUGAUUUGUAAUAGCAGGUGAAAUGACAGUGAUACCGUAUAAUUUAACGCAGUAGCUAAAGGAUACGAUUUAAGUGUUUGAUGAGGACUUCUGAGUUCAUGAGAAAGAGGAGUAUGACAACAAUUAAAGCAUUGAUAGUAUGACGCAGCCAAAAGCUGAUAGUGGUGUUCACAGGAAGGAUAUGUCGCCUUAUCAUGCCGAAUGGGACAACCGUUGAACGAGAAGGUCCGCGAUACAUCUCAGAGCGCGAUAAGUGAAAGAGUCCAGGUUUAGGCCCAUAGCUCAUUUGUGCACCUAAUAUAUAGUGAUGGAGUUUUGCUCCGUUAAUGUCCUGUGACGUCAGUCUAUCAGAUAAUACGAGAAACGAGUGCACGGAAACGAUAUUCCGGUAACACAAUGUUUCGCUAAUGCGUCAGGCUAUUAGCACACUACUUAUUCUAUUUAUUUCCUAAAUGACACAUUAAUCGAAUGUACAGAUGACUGUUCAACUUGAUUUUGGCGACACUAAUGUUCAUCUAGUAAAAUCAUUCAAUUUUAGACGUGCGAUUCGUACGAUCCCGUCAGGUGGAUGAUGUCAUGCAUCGCAAUGUAUGCAAAGUCACACUUUAUACAGAUAGAGUCGAUUGCCAAUAUCUUGUACUCACUGUGUGCCAAUCUGAAUUGAUCCAAACGGUUCAUCAAGACUUGCCUUAAUAUCUUUACUCCCUUCAGCCUUUAUGCUAUCCUACGCGAGGCCGCGGCAGGACAUCCACUCAUCAAAAAUAGAUAUAUAUUUAUAAAUAAGUUUUUCAUCAAAUCACCAUAACGGGUUCCUGUGAAAAACUCAAAUUCGUCAAAUGGCGUCAUUCGAACCCGAUCUCCUAAUUCUGCUAAUCGGUCUAGCAGCCAUUGUCCUCACUUUUGCCAUCAUCGCGGCAGUACUGUACCUUUGGAAAAUGCUUCGCAAGGAGGUGCGAUGGCCAGGCUUGCAAAAUCCCUAUGGCUGGCCAGCAGAUAUGAUCGGCGACCUCGACGCUCAUACUGUCGACAAAAGUGUAUGUAAACAGAGACUUCGACCAAGUCGUCUCGAAAAGAAUGCCAAGAAAUUUCAUAAAACACUGGCCGACGUCCUCCCAGAAGCGGAACCUCCUCCAGUCCCUGUUCGCGUAGACUCGCUUACAAGUUCCGACCGGAGAGCCCUUGAGUCAGUCGGACGUCAAAUGACCAAGAAUUCCGAAAAAGAAUUCGAUACCAUUCGGAGUAUGCAGGGGCCGGCUAUAAAACAGCGACAGUCGACGGUCGAGAAAAAAAGCCGAAACACUUUGGAAGGUGUCUUUCCCUCGACCUCGAAUGCUUCAGCCUCAGAGGAGCAAGUAAAAGUACGACGAGAUCGAAAACGUGCAAGCAGCGGGUACCGCGAUGAAAAACGAAGAUCACCAAAAAAUUCCUUUAGGGAACACAGCUAUCUACCGCAGGCCCAUUUGCAACCCGCCCAAAGAGAACGGCCAAAUGACCACGCCAUUGAGAUUACUGAGGACAAUGAGCCCCCUCCACCGUACAGUGAAGUUCGACGUUACCCAUAACGGGGCCAUUUAAAUUAUUGGAUUUGGAAGUGUUGAAAUCUGUUAAUAUAGGAUGACCUCAGCGAAUGACGUACUGCAGCUUUGACCAUCUCAAUGCAAUUCAGCAUGCUAAGUAGUGAUAUGAUACAGACUUUCAUAGUACAUCGACGUUACACAAAAUACACACAUCUCAAUUACAGUGAUACUAGAAUGACCCGAAACCGUCACCCAAGAAAAGAGCAUGGACUUAUUUCUGUAUACUAUAACAAAUAUAUGUCCAUACAAUUGCAUUCGAGAAAAUAUCGUUUUAUCAUACCUCGUUCGCAUGAAAUAAAAGCUCAGUUGGUGUAAAUUAAAUCAGACGCAGGGGUAGCCCGCUACCAGCCGUCGAUUGUGAUGACUUCAACGUUGCCAAUGAAAAUCAGCGUAAGUAACCGGAGACGACGAAAACAACAACGAAGUAGAAGAUAAGCGAGUGAAAACAACAUAAUGAUUUCUAGUCCCUAUAUACUA